UGGCCACCAAACAUUUUCCUUCCAUCCAAUUAUUAUUAAUUUUUUUGAUAUAUUUAUUUUCUUCCAUCCAAUUUAUUUCUCGAAUUGGAUUCUUGACGUUGAAUCGAAUUUAAGAAUCCGAGCGCAGGAAGAACCUGUGAGAGACUGAGCUGGUUAUCAUCCCGAAUCAUCCAUUAAAGUUCAUCAAUGGCGGAACCUCAUACGCAGGAAGAACAUUUCGACGUCCUCACCAAAGCUGGAGAGAGGACUGGAGUUUCCAAACCCAGGAGAGAUGUUCAUCGAGAUGGGGACUACCAUCGGGCUGUUCAUGUAUGGAUUUUUGCUGAGAAUACACAAGAGUUACUUCUCCAACGACGUGCUGACUGCAAGGACUCAUGGCCUGGGAUGUGGGAUAUAUCUAGUGCCGGUCACAUAUCUGCUGGUGAUUCAUCACUUGUGACAGCUAGGAGGGAGCUUCAAGAAGAGCUUGGUGUUAUUCUUCCGAAGGAUGCAUUUGAAAUGACAUUCGUUUUUCUCCAUCAGAGAUUCAAAACUUGCUUGGCGGGUGCUUUCCCUUUCACACAAAUCCUAAGAUAUUGCUUCAGAUGGCUUUGCAUCUUAAAUGGUGGAAAAUUUAUUGAUAAUGAAUUUGAUGAUGUGUAUUUGGUAACAACAUUGGAUCGAAUCCCUCUGGAGGCUUUUACUCUUCAGGAAUCAGAAGUUUCUGCUGUUAAAUAUAUACAUUAUCUGGAGUAUAAAAGGUUACUUGCAAAUAGAGAUCCUGCUUAUGCCCCAUAUGAUGUAAAUGGACAAUAUGGUCAACUUUUUGACAUAAUUGCACAAAGGUACAAGGUCGACAAUGCGGCGCGCAAUUCGACUUUACAAAAGCAACUGAAACGUUAUGCUUCUGUUUCACUCAAUGUUGAGUUGGAAGGGCUUACAGAUUCAGAUAAAGAGGCUCUGGCUGCAAUUAUCAAGGCUGCGGCAAUAAUGGAUGAAAUAUUUUACCUGCAGGUUUGGUACAGUAAUCCAGAUUUAAGAGAUUGGUUGAAGAAGCAUGCUGCUGCUUCGCAGUUAGACGAAUUGAAGUGGGCCUAUUAUCUGAUUAAUAAAAAUCCAUGGUCUUGCCUUGAUGAAAACGAGGCAUUUCUGACUACUGCAGAUUCAGCAAUAAAAUUGCUUCCUCAAGCCACUAGGCCAGUUACGGGGUGGAAGGGCCUGGAAUAUAAAGCUGCAUUUCCCUUGCAGAAACCUCCUGGUGCAAACUUCUACCCUUCUGACAUGGACAAGCUGGAAUUCAAACUAUGGAAAGACAGUCUGACCGAGGAUCAGAAAGAUGUCGUUACAGGAUUCUUCAGUGUAAUCAGAAGACAUAGUGAAUCUAAUUUAGAUUCGUCUAUUUGCAAUAAUGGUCUUGAUAGCACAAACCAUUUGGAGGGUUCUACUUAUGAUUUGUAUAGCGUACCUUUUUCCCAAGAAUAUAAUUCUUACCUAUCAAAAGCUGCUGAAUUAUUGCAUAAAGCAGGGGAGAUAACUAGUUCUCCCAGUUUGAAGAGGUUACUACAUAGCAAGGCUGAUGCUUUCCUCUCAAAUGAUUACUAUGAAUCAGAUAUAGCAUGGAUGGAAUUGGACUCUAAGUUGGAUGUUACUAUUGGUCCGUAUGAGACCUAUGAAGAUACAAUUUUUGGGUAUAAGGCUACAUUUGAAGCUUUCAUCGGAAUUCGGGAUGACAAAGGAACUGCUCAAGUAAAACUUUUCGGUGAUAAUUUGCAGGUCUUGGAACAAAAUCUCCCUAUGGAUAAUGCAUACAAAUCAAAAGAUGUUAGUGCUGCCCCUAUACGUGUUGUUCAGCUUCUCUAUAAUGCAGGGGAUGUAAAGGGUCCUCAAACUGUUGCUUUCAAUUUGCCAAAUGAUGAGCGAAUUUUGAAAGACCGAGGAACAUCAAUGGUCAUGCUUAAGAAUGUUUCAGAGGCCAAGUUCAAGCAUAUUCUUCAGCCUAUUGCUGAUGUUUGCAUUACAAGCGAACAACGUGGAUUUGUGGACUUCGAUUCUUUCUUUACUCAUACAAUUUGCCACGAGUGUUGCCACGGUAUUGGACCUCAUACCAUAAAACUUCCGAACGGUCAAGAAUCUACCGUGAGAUUGGAACUUCAAGAACUCCACUCAGCUUUGGAGGAAGCAAAAGCUGACAUUGUAGGCCUUUGGGCGCUGAGGUUCCUUAUCCUACAGGGUCUGCUACCAGGAGCUUCAUUGAAGUGCGUGUAUGCUGCUUUCCUUGCGGGAUGUUUCCGAUCAGUACGUUUCGGCUUAUCAGAGGCUCAUGGGAAAGGACAGGCGUUGCAGUUUAAUUGGCUGUAUCAGAAAGAAGCCUUCAUUUUAAAUCCAGAUGAAACUUUUUCUGUUGAUUUUGACAAGGUGGGAGAUGCAGUUGAAAGCCUGAGUAGGGAGAUACUAACCAUACAGGCAAGAGGUGACAAGGAGGCAGCUAAGCUUCUCCUUCAGAAAUACAGUGUCAUGUCACAACCUUUGGAAGUAGCUUUGCGUAAUUUAGAACGAGUCCAGGUACCUGUGGAUAUAACUCCCGACUUUCCCAUUGCCAAAGAAAUAUUGGGAUAGAAGAUUUUGCCUUUAUGCUGAAGAGUUACUACUCGGGGUAAUUUGAAAUAUGAUUAUUCUCUGCAGAGUAAUUAUUUGUCUAAAUAAAAUGAAUUCAUAUUUCCAUUUUCCAUCAUGAAGCUUUAUUGAACCCGGAGCCGAAGCCAAGAACAAAUUAUGGGUUUGUUUCUAAUUUCUCCAAGUUAUCCAAUUUCUCAGAAUUUACAGCUUAUUUUCUAAAUUAUUGUGCUUCAUUUUA